GUUGCAGUGGCUGCCCAGUUGGUCCGUUCACUCUGUUGCCUGGGGAGAAAGAAGUGUCACAGAUCAUGGCUCCUUGGCCUGAGGUAGACAAGCCUGAAACCAAUAACUAUAUUGGUGAUUCCUCCAAACAAAACCAGAACAUGCCCGGAAAAGAAGGAGAAAAUCACAAAGGGAACGUGGCUUCACUUGGAAACAAAGUGGAAAUUCAACCUGCAUUUUCCACAAUAGCAUUGAUAGAUGAGACAAGGCAGGAAGAAGACCCAUGGGCUCUGCCAGAACUGCAGGACACUGGAGUCAAGUGGUCAGAACUGGAUAGAAAAGGAAAAAUCAUUCGUGUGCUCUAUGGAAUAGGAAAGUUUAUUAUGUUGCUUGGAUUACUCUACUUGUUCGUGUGUUCUCUGGAUGUACUGAGUUCUGCUUUUCAACUAGUAGGAGGUAAAGCAGCAGGGGACAUUUUUAAAGAUGAUUCAGUGCUCUCUAAUCCUGUUGCGGGGCUGGUGAUAGGAGUUUUGGUGACUGUGAUGGUCCAGAGCUCCAGCACUUCUUCAUCCAUUAUCGUCAGCAUGGUGUCCUCUACAUUGCUGACUGUACAAUCAGCUAUUCCUAUCAUUAUGGGGGCAAACAUUGGUACCUCAGUUACAAACACAAUUGUGGCGCUCAUGCAAGCCGGGGACAGGAAUGAAUUUAGAAGGGCCUUUGCUGGGGCAACAAUUCAUGAUUUCUUUAACUGGCUUGCUGUGUUUGCAUUGUUGCCCAUUGAAGUCAUUUCUGGCUAUCUUUACCAUCUCACCAACGUUAUAGUUGAGUCCUUUCAUCUUGAAAGUGGUGAAGAUGCCCCUGAGCUACUAAAAGUCAUCACAGACCCUUUUACAAAGCUCAUCAUUGAGCUUGAUAAAUCUGUAAUAAAUGCAAUUGCUACUAAUGAUGAAUCAGCAAAAAACAAAAGCCUGGUAAAGAUUUGGUGCGUAACUGAAACCAAUGUGACACUGCAGAAUGUCACAAUUCCACCUUCAGAGAACUGCACGUCUUCUGAACUUUGCUGGUCAGAAGGAAAUGUGACGUGGACCUUGAAAAACAUAUCUGAAACAGAAUAUAUCACUAAAUGCCGGCAUCUCUUUACAGAAACAGACCUGCCUGAUCUUGCCAUCGGUCUCAUCCUUCUGGCUUUGUCCCUGCUGGUUCUUUGCUCCUGUUUGGUGAUGAUUGUUAAGCUGUUAAACUCUGUGCUUAAAGGACAAGUAGCAAGUGUUAUCAAGAAGACAAUCAACACUGAUUUCCCAUUUCCUUUUACUUGGCUGGCUGGAUACCUGGCUAUGCUUGCAGGGGCUGGUAUGACCUUCGUUGUCCAAAGUAGUUCUGUCUUCACAUCUGCUAUUACACCUCUUGUUGGCAUUGGUGUUAUAAGCAUUGAGCGUUCUUAUCCCCUCACCCUAGGAGCCAACAUUGGCACAACCACAACAGCUAUCCUUGCAGCUUUAGCAAGCCCAGGGAGUACAUUAAAAUAUUCAUUACAGAUUGCCUUGUGCCACUUUUUCUUCAAUGUCUCUGGGAUUAUCCUGUUUUACCCGCUGCCUUUUACCCGGCUGCCAAUCCGCAUGAGCAAGAGCUUGGGAAACAUAACAGCCAAGUACAGAUGGUUUGCUAUAUUUUAUCUUCUCAUCUGCUUCUUCCUUUUCCCUUUGUUUGUAUUUGGUCUGUCACUGGCGGGCUGGCCAGUCCUUUUGGGUGUUUGCCUUCCCCUGUUGGCUCUGUUUAUUGCUGUGAUUGUAAUUAAUAUUAUGCAGACAAGGCGGCCACAUUCACUGCCUGAGAAGCUUCAAAACUGGGAUUUUCUACCCAUCUGGAUGCACUCCCUAGAGCCCUGGGACAAUAUGAUUAUGUCUUCACUCUCCUUUUGUGGGAAGCAUUGCUGCGGAUUCUGCAAGUGCUGCAAAGUCAAUGCAGAACAGGAGGGUGCCAAAGAUAAUCAGCUAAAAACUAUGGAGGUUUAUGAAAACACCAUUACAAUGGCUGAUGAAGAAAGAGGUGUAAGAAGGGCUCCAGCUGCAGCUUGUGUUGAAAAAACAGGCACAAACAACACAGCCUUAUAGUAGCGGAUCAACCCAUAAUAGCAGAGGUAAAGCAUAGGACAGUCAGGUUCUUGAAAACUACCUUGAACAAUGCACUGAGAACAGAGUGAAUAUUUUGUUAGGUUCCUGCAGCCAGUGAUAUAUCACUCAUCAAGGAAUGGAGUCAAGCAAGCUUGACAGAGUCCCUAGAAAAUCUACGAUCAGUUGAAAAGCUAAAGACAGAUUUGCUUACAGAGCAUCUACUGUGUGGUACAUUCAUCCAUGCUAUCAAUAGCAACCAAAAGAAAUCUUGAUGUAGUCCUGUGAAGAGAGGGAUGAAAGGAGUGUGAUUAAUUAAAAACCAGUCAACCCAACAAUGCACUUGUAGGACAACCUUUCUGGCCUAUUGGCUUAUUCAGUAGAAGUUUAUGAUACCCUAAAGGUUCUGUAAAUGAAAAAAGAAAAAAAAGUAAAAAAGAAAACCAAAAAGAAUCCAAAUGUUUCCAUUGGCUUAUGUUAAUUGGUCAAAAUAGAAAACAAUAUUCCAAAUAUGGACAAAAUCUGUUGUCUGUGUGGAGGAAAAUGAAAUUCUGGGACAUGCCUCAAGAGCUCUGGGAGUCCUAGCCUGGCAUAAGGGUACGCAUGAGCCCAUUUAGAGCUCUCUGCCUCCUUUAACGCAAGGACAGGAGCUGCUGUCUUUUGUUGUCUCAAGCUAAAGGCCAAAAAUUAAUUGCUGAUCACUUUGCCUACUGAAGUUAAACACUGGGUUUAGAGACACUGGAUGGCUAUGAAAGAGUUUUGUGGACUCAGGGUGUGGUUGCAUGGCUGUCUGUCUCUCUAGAUAGUCCUCCCCUAUCCUGUCCACUGAGUAAUCCCAUAAGCACUUGUCCUGGCACAAUUAGAGGAAAGGUGCAGGAGGGAGGACAAGUGACUGGCAUAGGCGUGUAAAGAGCUGCCCAACUCCAGGCUGACACCACGAGAUCUGUCUGCAAUUGAGACUGAGCCACAACAUGGCAUUUAAAUGUAGGAGUGGAGACUGGCUUUAGAGCUACAAAUGAGGGAACCUGGAGAAUAGACUAUAGUUAGUGUGGGACAUGCAGCAGCAUUAACGGGUGAGAAAUGAGUGUUCACUCUGCACGGUCACUGCGUGCUCUGAACCACCCACCUUGGAAAUAAUGUGAAUUUUAUUGGCAAUUGUAUGUAGCAAUCCAAAUUCCAAAUAAAAUCCCUAGGUAGUGUAGUCAAUAGCACAUGUAGUCAAUCCAGAGGUAGUAUAGCACUUGGUGUGAAGCUGCUUGUGCUCAGGUCUUACAUUACUGAUGGUCUUGUAAAUGCUUACAAGACAGCACUGAAUCAUGGACUGACAAAAGGUAUCAUUUCAAUGUCGGAAAAAGAGCAUUUCAAAGACAUGCUGAGUACUUCUGCUGGCCUUUAAUAACUUAGAUAUGAGUGACCAUGGGAUAGUACCUGAGGUCCAACCACUAAUGGAAAAAAGAUCAUGUGGCAGAGUGUAGGCCAAUCAGUAUCAUGUAGAGCCAAUUUGCAUGGUCGAUUUGUAGAUUAAAUCUGUAACGGAAAUACUGAGAGGACCCUUAGUUUAGCAUAGCCACUCAGUGCUGCUAUAACACAUUUACUUCUGAAUAGUUGGUAAUUUUCUGCAGAACUAGGAUCAGUAGGCUGCAUUCACACACAUUUUAGAAGGGAAAAUUUUUUCAUUUGCUUUUUUAAGCUCGCACUGAAAAUAGCAAACUAAGCUGUCUAAAACAUGUUUGCAAAUUGUAUUCCAACUGUUGAGAUUCCAACUGUUUCUACAAUAAUGAGCCAGUAACAAAAUUCUUAGCAUCAGAGUAAAUUUUCAAGAUAAUUUAAUUCUGGUAUAGUUCUGCUCUUUGUGGGUUUAGUAACAGAGAACGGAGUUCUACCAAACUGUUCUGUUUCAAAUUUACUUUUUCUCCAUAUAGUUCAAACAGAAUUUUGUCAGCAUUUCAUUUUCAAAAUGGAAUUGUUCUUCAUUUUAUUUUCACAGUUCUGGAUUCUUUCACAUUCUGCGUUUUGACAAGAAAAAAAAAAAAAAGUGAAAAAUCCAGAAUUCUUUCAAAAGUAUCUUGAAUUUCCAUUGACCAUUCAUUGAAACAGGAAACAUUUCCAUCUACUCUUACUGAUCUCUUAACACGCACCUUAUUUUGCAUCUUGAAGUAAAGUUGCUGAGAGCGGUGAUAAUAACUCUCAGCAAAACAUCAGAGGAAAAGCAAUUCUUACAGAAGAAUCAGGGUAAAAAUUAUAGUCAGACAUAUCAGUACUUCAUGUUCCUCAUUAACUUUCCCCUAUGAUGUAUUGAGUUUGUACCCUCCUCUCUCCUUGCUGGUGACCUUCAGGCCAUAUUGUGCUGUUGUUUUAGGCAGAUUCCAAAACAGACUUCUGUUUAACACUUGACAGCACAACAUGUCCUGGAAAACAUCCCUCCUACUCUUAAAAAAAAACUAUUUACACUUUAUUUAUAAUUAUUUGAGUGUACAGAACUUUUCAUAAGUUAUGCAGAAAAAGGCUUGUGAUUGUGUUAUAUAUACAUAUUUGAAAACCACACGAUGUUUAAAAUGUAAAAAGGAACUACUGUAUAUUUGUAAUAUAACUUUUAAAAUUGUUUGUAACUGUGCAUACUGUGUAUUACGGAGGCUGUUGGCUCCACCAAUAGGUUACAAAAAGAUUGUUAGUAAUGCAGAGACAGAUUUCUUAAAAUAAAGAUGAAAAACACCUAUGUAUUUUCAUAAUAUGGCUUCAUGCACAAGGAUGCAGAACUCCACUUUUCUAACAAAGAUUUGAAUUUUCUGCAAUGAGGAAUUUUGGAAAUAGAAGAUUUCUAAAAUGCUUUUUUAAACUCUUACAUGUUUUAUCUUUUAGUGUUUUGGGGACAGCAUAUGGCUUUAUACUUUGUCAUGAACACUCAUCUUGUCUGUCCUCACGCAUUGAAUGUAAAAAUAAAGAGAAAUUUUAAAAAAUGAAGAUUUUC